GAACACACAGUCUUUGAACUCCAUUUAUGGGUUAAAAAUCUAAAAUCAUAAAUCAUUUUUUGUUCUGAACUAUGUUUAACUUUCUCAAUUUCCAAUUUAUUUUAUCAUAUUAGGUUGUGGUGUAAUACCUAGGUUCACAAUAUGUGUCUUCCUUCAACGAUCUUUUAGUUUUAGUUUUUGUGACCCGACACGAAAACAAACCCAAAGUCUAAACCCAAAACUCAAAACCCAACCAACGAGCUCCAAAAACCAGCACCAAAACCCAUCCCUAAAUUAUUAAUUUUAGUGACCCGACAACCCAGAUACAAAACCCCAUCGCAAAGAUAGACCCAAACUCUUAAUCCUAAAGUCAAAUGACAACAAAAAGGAAUGGACAUGUAAGGUGGAAUGAUCAGUGGAAUAAAUAACAAAAAGGAAUGGACAUGUAAGGUUAGAGUUGUGGAGAAACGGAACAUCAAAGACUCAAGGAUGAGCCCUAACAAGUACAGACCUUUUAUAUUGCAGGAUGAGGAAGUAAGCUUAUAAAGCUUAUAAAAUAAUCAAUCUUAGAGCGUACAUAUUACAUGCACUAACUAUGUUCCAUUCAACCAUUUCUGUACAGGGUACCAAGGUUCUUGCUCUCGCAAAUAGUGGUGAAAUUGAACAAAGUGAUAAGAUACUCGGCCUCAAAAACACGUACUACAUAAGCAAUGCUGCUGCCAUGCCUAACCAAGUAUAGUGGUGAUCCCCCAUCCGCAAACUAUAAUUACAUUUAGAUGUUGAGUAAAAAGACUUGGAUUGAGACCAAGUAUAGUGAUUUCAUGGCCAUUGUGAUUCAGACCAGAGAGUAUGUCUCCGUUCCUGGACAUGCCAAAACCGCACAUGAUUUCAUGCUUGUGAAUGAAGAAAUGAAACCAGUUGUGUUGACUCUUUGGGAAGAGUUCCCAAUGAAUCAAGGCCGGGAUAUAACAUCCCUUUUAGAGAGUGGGCGACACCCAAUAAUUUUGGGUAAAAGGGUGACCGUUACUCCCUUCAAUGGUCGAGUCUUGUUUAUUGGCUGGAGCUUGGCGGUGCUUUCAACAAAAUGGAAAUUUCAACGCCUCCACCGAUCAACAAAAUGGAAAUUUCACCAUGUGCUUAAGGCCAUGUGACAUUCAAAUUCCACUAAACUGGCUAUAUUUACCAUGUCAAACGCCACACACAAUGGUUGGUCUUCAUUCUUAAAGCCUGUUAAUGUCAUAUUCAUUCCUUUUGUACUUAUUCACAAUUUUUUAACAUGGGAAUAGCUUAAUGCACCCCUGCAAUUGGUUGUUGGGUUAGGUUCUGGAUAGGGAU